UACAAGAGGCCAAGUGUAGUGGACACUCCUGGUUAUGCCUCUGAAUCCAGUAAAAGCUUUGCAGGAAGCUGCAGAGCUGAUGCAGGAAAUCUUUCCUGCUGUUAUUUUAUAUAUCAUGCUUUCUUUGUGUUGCAGUGCCCAUAACAGCCUGCUCUUUUUGCACUCUCACUAUCCCAAAUCCCUUGGUGGUGGCUGGUUUGUGGUUCAUGUAACUACAACCUGAGAUAGUGGCAGGUGUCCCUGCCCAUGGCAGGGGGUUGGAAUGAGGUGAUCCUUAAGUUCCUGUCCAGCCCAAACCAUUCUGUGAUUCCAUGAUUCCCUGUGAUUUAACUACCAAGGGCCAGAUCAGAAGUGGUUUUGCACACACCAAAUUGAGCCACGUGAGGUUUUGCCACCGGGUACUGGGGAUUUGGUUCCAAAAAGGGUCUCAGGGGAAAGAAGACUCGAGGCUGUAAAUAUAAAGACACUUCUGGGCACUGACUGUGGGUGAGUACUCUGGAGAAGCCUUGCUGUGUGCUGACCCUGGGCUUGUGCCAUUCCUGCGUUUAUUUGGCCACUGGGCUACACAGACCUUACUCUGACCCCUGUUUGAUCAGCUGUAUUUGUUCCUAGUGUUCUGCACCUGAGAAAAUGUUCUUGGCAGCUCAGGAGACACAAAAUGCUGCUCCACUCACUGGCCAGACUCGGGGAAUAACAGAAAACAAUGGAAUAUAAAUUGGUUUCUUCCUAGCUUGCCAUCUCCCCUGGUGUCACAGAGCUGGUGUGUUCCCUCUGCUGCUGUCACCACCCUUAUGGCAAAACUGAUUCACAGCAGGAAUCCAGGCUCCCACCUUGUGUCUGGAAUAAAAAGGGAAUUUCCCCCUGUAAUUCUCUUAGCCAUGAAGAUGGACACGACUUCACCUUGCAGACCCCCUAGCCACCUCUUCCCCCAGCACUGCCCAGGCUUUGUCUUUUCAGAGUUCCACUGUCUCCUGUGUUUUGAAACAGGGCUGGGGUCUGGAGCAUCAUCUCACCCGGGUUUUUAAAGGUGGAUUUGUUUUCCCUGCUUUUGGAAAUGGCUGGGACAGAAGUUUGGUCUGCAGAGAUCUUGCUCUCCGGUGUUUCAGGGCUGCUGGAGCCACAUUUAUCCCUGACAUCACCCUGUCAUGGGCUCCAGGGUGAGAGCAGGGUGAACCUGACACCCUCACACUCCUUGAUACCCCAGCCUCACUCCAAGCACUUCAGUGAAUGUCCAGCCACCAGCAGCAACUCCUUCCCACCACCUUCUCCACUCCUUGGUUGUUCUGGAAUGAGGAAUGUUCUCCUGCCCUCGGCUUCGGAUCAGAGGGAGCCUGUGCACCUCGACUGCUUCCACGGGGAUUGUCUCCAAAGAAAGUUCUCAGCCAGCUGUACAACACACGGGACUAAGGACAUGUGGGGUACCCACCCCCUGUGUCAUGCCCUGGGAGAGGGUUUUGAGCCUGUUCCCUGGAGUUCCUGGAAACUGGAGUCACUCCUCACCUCACCUGUGCAGUCUAUGCAUUUGGGGCUUAGAGGACUGUCUCUGGAAGGGAUGCUGACUCUGCCCUUGCUGAUUCAUUCAGCCCUUGCUGAUGAUCCUUCUGGAAGCAUCUCCUGUGCCCAGAGUGGCCUGAGUAUGAUCCUGUGUGUGGGCUCCAUCUCCUUGGCUCAAAGCAGGACCUAACGUGUGGGUGUCCUCAGGGGGAUGGCUCUAGCCUGGAGACUCUGGAGCAGAGAUGCAGAGAACUAGAGAAUUCAUCUCUCUGCAAGUGUCUGCUGAGAACUUGAGGACAAGCUUAAACAGGACAAAAGGACAGAUUUUUAAUGUGCGGUGGAAUAUUCUGAACUUCCCAGCUGACACAGAUAAGAUAAGAGUGACAAAUCUGUGGGGGAAAAUUGA